AGAGAAAUGCGUAAGAUGCGCUGUCGAGGUGCCAGAUGGCUUCGUGAUAGCUACUGGGACACCUUCCUACUUUUCUAUGACUUUGAUCCCCCCUCUCUUCAACUGUGGCAAUGGCAUUCAGCAGUAUCUACAACCUCGGAAAUAUAAAUGAUCCCUUUACCACAGAUGCAAGACAUCCACCUCGCUUUCUUUCCAUAUCUUCUCGCCAAUCCCGCAUUUUUGUAACAACCAUGGGAAUGCUUUUCACUGGUACCUAUGACUAUGCCGGUGACUCCGCCAGCGACAUCGCCAGUGACUCCGCCAGCGACAUCGCCAGUGACUCCGCCAGCGACAUCGCCAGUGACUCCGCCAGCGACAUCGCCAGUGAUUCUGCCAGCUACUCUACCAAUGAAUCCACCAUUAACUCCAUCAAUAACUCUACCAACGGAACCAUUAAUGACUCUGCCGACGAAUUUGAGGACAACCUAGCCAAGUCGAGUGAGUCGGAUUACUCCAUGGAUUCCGAAGGGCAUGCUGCCUUCACCUACGGCGACACUCAAGUGAAUUUGACCGACGCACAGAAGAAAAGGCUUGUAUCCUUGCGCGCCCCAAGAAUGGCUGAAUUGCUUCUUCUACAUCCGGAGUUUCCUCAAGAUGUCCAGAAAUUUAUUGAGUGCCUGACUUCAGAUAUAGUGCUGCAACAGAUCGACGAUACCCCAGCAACUAGCGGUAUUUGGCACCAGUUCCUGAUCGAGAUCGAAGAGGUCUUCGUGGAUUUUUUCUCAGGCGAAGAGAUGCCGCAGCUCGAUGAUUAACAAAACAAAGAACACGACAGCUUUCAUGUUUGCCGCCUUGCCAUUAAUAAUAAAAUUUGCCGAAUCUGCAC